UGUAUUCUAGUCAGGAAUGCCCCAGACUGUGUGCUCAGGCACCAUGUUUACCACUCCCAGUGUCUUCAGCCCUCAUCUGGCCUGUGCUGAGCCUGGAGAGGAGGAGGCCCCACAGGAAGGCCCCGGGCCCGGUGCCUCACUGCCCGAUGGGCCCCCAAUCACCUCUGCCUCACUGGACACCCUCAUUCAGAACCUGGUUCCCACCGCUGAUUACUACCCCGAGAAAGCCUAUGUAUUUACCUUCUUGCUGAGCGCUCGUCUGUUCAUUCCUCCGCCCGAGCUGCUGGCCAGGGUGUGCGAGCUGUGCAUCAAACAGCAGCAGCUGGAUCAGAGCCCACUCGAUACGGCCAAAGUGCGCAAGUUUGGUCCCAAGAUAUUGCAGCUGCUGACAGAAUGGACAGAAACGUUCCCAUCUGACUUCAGGGAUGACAAGAUGGUUGGUCACCUUAAAGACAUCAUCCACAGGAUAGCUCCAUGUGAUGAGGCAUACUGGAAAACCUUGAACCAGCUGCUGCAGAAGCUUAGCCAGAGGCUGGCCCUCAUAAGCCAGGGGGAAGAGAGCAUCGUUAAGGUCUCCCUCAAUGCUUCCUCCAUCUCUGACAAGCUGGCGGCCUUCAAGACCAAGCCCCCGCCCAUUCAGAAGGACAUCCUCUCCAUCUGCAACGACCCCUACACACUGGCACAGCAGCUCACCCAUGUGGAGCUGGAACAUUUAAGGCAUAUUGGACCAGAGGAGUUUGUUCAAGCCUUUGUUCAGAAAGACCCACUAGAUGGAACACAGCCCUGUUUUGGUGACCAGAAGAAGAAGACCUCCAACCUGGAGGCUUAUGUCAGGUGGUUCAACAGACUGUGUUACCUGGUUGCAACAGAGAUCUGCAUGCCGGCAAAGAAGAAGCAAAGGGCUCAAGUUAUAGAGUUUUUCAUCGACGUGGCAAGGGAGUGUUUCAACAUCGGAAACUUUAACUCCCUCAUGGCCAUCAUCUCUGGAAUGAACAUGAGUCCUGUGUCACGACUGAAGAAGACUUGGGGCAAAGCAAAGACUGCCAAGUACUUCAUUCUUGAGCAUCAGAUGGAUCCCACUGGAAACUUUUACAACUAUCGGACAGCACUGAGGGGGGCUGCCCACCGCUCUCGGACAGCCAACAGCAACAGAGAAAAGAUUGUGAUUCCCUUCUUCAGCCUCCUGAUAAAAGACAUAUAUUUCCUGAAUGAAGGCUGUGCCAAUCGCCUCCCUAACGGUCACGUCAACUUUGAGAAAUUUGUGGAGUUGGCACGACAAGUUGGAGAAUUCAUGACAUGGAAACGGGUGGAGUGUCCAUUCGAAGAGGAUCAGGCCAUCCUACACUACCUCCAUACUGCUCACAUCUUCAGUGAGGAUGGUCUUUAUCUCGCAUCCUAUGAAAGUGAGAGUCCAGAGAACCAGGUAGAGAAGGACAGAUGGAAAGCACUCAGGUCCAACGUCCUGGGAAAGACAUGAGGCUCUGGUGCCUAACCCUCCUGCCAACAAGCGUGUGUUCUCUUUGCACUAAACUGAACUGUGAAGGAACCUGAAGCUGGUACUUGGGUGUCUCUCUAAAAAAAAAAUGUGUAGGGAAUAAAACAUACAAGCAAGCUAAAUUAAAUAGACAAAUUCAUAAAUAAAACCAGGAAAAGAUGAACAGGAUUCAUCCAAGAAGAUUGUGAAAAGCUUAUAAGAAAAGGUAAGCCGAAUACUAAGCUAACAAAACUGGAGCAAAAGGUUACUUCAGGAUAUAAGUGGAGAAGUUUGGUAUCUUGAAGAAGGACGCGGCCUCUCCAUCCUCCUCCCCUUCAUGUGUGUUUACUCUGUGAAGAUGUUUACUAUUUUAGAGGGUGAAAUUACAGGGAAAACCACUUCAUGAUUUGAAAUUCCGACUGAUGCUGUUAAAUGUACAUUCUCCACUCUCCCUUCCUUUCCCCUCUGUCGUUCAAAGCCUUGUGCGGGCUUUUCUUUAACUUGUAAAGUACUGUAAUGAAACAUAAGAUAAGCCAAAGGGCGCUGGCUAGCCCUUGUCAUUUGUUGAAUUUUAUAGGUCUGCUGAAGGAGUGGCAACUACGUGUAUCUGGGAAGACAAAGAGACAGCCUAUGUGCAUAUGUGUGUGUGUGUGUGUGUGUGAGAGAGAGAGAGAGAGAGAGUGUGAGAGAGAGAUGCAGCUGUUUUUCCAUCAAUGUGUGUUUAUACAGUCGCUUCCUUGUGUAACACAGUAGCGACUGGAUGUGUCU